AUGAGCGCUGCUAAGAAAAAUCAAGAACAAGCGGACGGAGCUGACAGCAUUGAUGACUUCCAGUAUGAAGAACUGUCUGUAGACGACGACUGGAGUUUGACAGAGGGGGAGGAGGACUUGGAGGCGACGGUGAAAGCCAUCCAGACCCGGGCAGAAGCCAGUACAGGCUCCGGUAGUGAACGAUCUGAAGCCGUGGACGUCUUUUUACGCAACUUUCUCAGCCAAAUGGGAAUGAAAGAGACGCUGGACUGUUUUCAAACGGAGUGGACGGAGAUGAAGCAGAAAGCACAGCUGGAUACAGAGCGGGUGGGUGUGGUACCGGACUGGUACAUCCAAAACCAGCGUCUGGACAGCGAGCUGAGAAACGCGCAGCGGGAGAUGGAGCAAUACAGGCUGGCAGCUUCCGCCGCAGCUGAGACACUGGUGAAGGCCCAGAGAGCCAGAGACUUCCAUCGGAUGCAGCAUAAACGUGUAGUCCAGGAGAAAAACGUGCUCAUCGAACAGAUAAAGAAGACCAGGGAUCAGUGCAGCAGCUAUGAACCUGCAAUAAAGCGGAUGAAUGAAAAACACCAAGCCCUUUUGAGGCAGACCAUGCGGGUGACUUUGGAGAGGGACAAGGUGUUGGGGCAAGCAUCUCAACACAGCACUGUUCCUCCUCCACAUGAGCCCUCCUCUAAAGACAAGGAGCUGAAAGGAGAUAUACAACCUAUCUAG